CAGGGGGGCGCCGCGGUAACGUUCAACUGGGGACGGCAUUUGUCGUUAGAGCUCCGCCAGCCGUCCGGACUGGCCAAAGUGGCAUCUUUCCCUGCGAUUUCAAAGCAUCCUUCGGAAUUCGCCUUGUUGCCACCGCUUCUAAGGUUGACUCCUUUCGUUCGUAGCACAUCGCCUGGGCGGUGUUUUCUCCCUUUUCAUCAAUUUGCAGACGCAAUCGCAUUGAGGCCUUCCAUUCCGAUUACAUUCCCCGGGCCCCGUUCUGCCUCGUGAAUCUGCUCACCAUGGUGCUUAUGAAGAGCUUCGUGCUCGCCGGUCUCACGGCCGUCGCUGCCGCCGGGUCCGCUGUACUCGACCUCAUUCCCAGCAAUUUUGACAAGGUCGUAUUGAAGUCUGGCAAGCCUACACUCGUCGAGUUCUUUGCCCCGUGGUGCGGCCACUGCAAGAAUCUUGCACCCGUUUACGAGGAGCUAGCCUUGGCAUUCGAAUUCGCCAAGGACAAGGUACAGAUCGCCAAAGUCGAUGCCGAUGCCGAGAAGGCGCUGGGCAAGCGGUUUGGUGUUCAGGGCUUCCCGACGCUGAAGUGGUUCGAUGGCAAGAGCGACAAGCCGGAGGAAUACAACGGCGGGCGAGACCUUGAGAGCUUAUCUUCCUUUAUCACUGAGAAGACGGGCAUCAAGCCGAAGAAGAAGGCGACGCCGCCCAGUGAGGUGGUGAUGCUCACGGAUGCCACAUUCAAGAAGCACGUUGGCGGUGACAGGCAUGUCCUGGUGGCUUUCACUGCCCCAUGGUGCGGACACUGCAAGAACCUCGCACCGACUUGGGAAGCCCUCGCUCAGACCUUUGUUAACGAACCUGAUGUCAUGAUCGCCAAGGUUGAUGCAGACAACGAGAACAGCAAGCGCACAGCUUCCGAGUACGGUGUGAAGUCGUACCCGACCAUCAAGUUCUUCCCCAAGGGCAGCACAGAAGCUGAGGACUAUGAUGGCGGCCGCUCUGAGGGGCAUUUCGUCGAUUUCCUAAACGAGAAAACAGGCACUCACCGCGCCCCUGGUGGCGGUGUCGACGAGACUGCUGGCACCAUUGAGGCACUCGAUGCAGUCGUGGCCAAAUACACUGGCGGCGCGUCUCUCAGCGAAGUGCUGGCCGAGGCGAUGAAGGCUGCCGAGGGCUUGAAGGAUGAUGCGCAAUACAAGUACGCUGAGUAUUAUAUUCGGGUGCUUGACAAGCUCAGCAAGAGCGAGGAGUAUGCCGCCAAGGAGCUCGCUCGUUUGGAGGGGAUCCUCAAGAAGGGUGGGCUGGGCCGGACCAAGCUGGACGAGCUGACAAGCAAGACCAACAUCCUGCGCAAAUUCCUUGAGAAGACGACAGGCGGAAAGGAUGAGCUCUGAGGUGUCGUCUCAUUUGUAGGGUUAACGUGGCAAUGGAUUGUAACACUAGAUGACAGUCUCGCUAUCGGGGUUGAUGUUCGGGUCCGUGUUUUCAGGCCAGGCGUAAAAAAAGGACUUGUUGCGAUACGGAUAUAAACUCGAAUGGUGUUGACCAAUACAACGCCCCAACUCCGUGAACUCCCAUC